CAAGUGAAAAAGAAGAUUGUGUAAAAAUACGUCAUAAUUUGAAUUGCUGUGGGAGGUGAAGGAAUAGAAUACAAUUACUGUCGCUAUUAUUCUGUGAUACAGUACUUUUAGUGAGACGGAUAGAGAUGAUUUCCGUGCAUUGUACAAUAGUAGUGUCAAACGUGUCCGUUAGAAUUAAUUUUUAAUUUUAGUUUGGUGAUGAGUGAGUACAUACAAUUGAAUGCCACCGAAGAACAAAUCAUUUGAGGAUAUAAUCAUUCGCAAAAAUUCAAAAUUGUUGGAACAGCUAUUUUUAUUAAAACGAGAUAAUACUGAGUCCUUUCAGCUGCAGUAUACAGCAAAAAUUUACGAAACACUGUGUUAUGAAUAUGCGAAAAAAUACUUGUUAUCGUAAAACGAGAAGAUGCGACAUCGAUUACGUUCAAAAUCACAAACCAAAAUUCAUUCGACCGGUCUGCGCAACAAUGGAUUCUUGCUAAAAUAAAUCGAGAAUAGGGAAGUGCGACGCUGAUAAUAAUGAAAAUAUUAUUUUCAAACUCACAACAAUCAUACGAAGUAAAGUUUAAUGCAACGCAAUAAUGAUAACAACCUGCGACAAAGCCAAAUCUGAUAUGGAUGCGAACAAAAAAACCAAUAAUGCAGAAAAUGUCUAACUGGAGAAAAAACUGUAAAAAGAGAUCGAAUCGCAUUGUUACUCAACUAUCGCUUAUCAAACAGUGGAAGUGCAAUGAGUUCCUGAGAGUUGCAUCCAUUUAUCAAUAGAAAUUCAAAACUUAUUACAAAUAGACUAGGAUUAAUUCUCAAGAAAAAAAUCAACCAAAAGAGGGGAAAGGUAUAUGUUUAGUGUCCCAGUAUAAGCUGGAUGUAUUCGCCAUGCUCCGUGGGGGCCAGGAAUGUACGUAAUAUUUCCUGCUGAUGAAUUAAUAUUGUUGACAUACGGAAUCGCAGUACCGAGAGUACAACCACGACCAACUCUGGACAACCUGCGAGAGCCACUUGUCCCCAUCGGCAAUAGGCCUUCUUCCGCCACCAUCCUGUCCCCCAAACAAAUAAAUGAACCCCGUCGGAGUCCAGAACGACCACCCCGUACCUCCACCGUUGCACCACCACGCACACCACCGAUACUCACGCCGAGGGACAGAAGUCCCAGUGUUAAUUUUUCUCCGGACGAUAGAAUUUACGAUUACGACGAUACCACACCACUAUACGAUACCGACACGACUGUAAAUUAUGUAAAUAGGGACCUCAGACCUAACUUCCCGCAGACUUCCUCGUCCACGACAUUACGUAAUCCUUCCUCUGGGGGCCCUAAAUCCAACCCUUCGUCACCCACGAAAGCGAAGGAGAAGCCCAAAUCCAGGCUACAUCUUAAGCUAGGACGUUUGCGACCACAUUCCUCUACUGAACAAAGCGAAUCUGCCCGAAUCCGUGAGGAUUUGCAGAUACACGUUUCCAAUCCUGUGUUCACCCGUGAAAAUCUACGUCAACGAAAUUUUGACGCGUUCUUCGAAUCCGGCGAAACGGUCUAUUCGUUGGAGAAAAAGGAAAAACCUCUUCCACAAAGUGCCGACUCUGCCGAAUACUCCUCAUGGAAUACCGAUGACCCUCCUGCUACCACCAAUCAGCGUUUUUUAUCCGUUGGGGUAUUUCGUAGAACCAAGUCACCGCUCAGUAACCGUGCCAAAAGUGUAGAGCUAGAAUACGAAGAGUCCCAGAAAGAAUCAUCAAAAUCUCAUCGUAGUAUAUUCGGCAAACGAGAAGGGACAAGUGCCGACCUCAUAUCGCAGCGGCCUCUCGGAGGAAGUAUGACUUCCUCUGGAGUACUCAAGGAUCUAGGUCAUCCUGGCCUAAAUGAGGCACUAAAAUCUCACAACAGUGUAACCUUCAAGCUAGUUAAAACUGUCUCCGACUUCACCGAAACUUUAGCUCAACUUUAUGAACAGCACGCCGAAGCAUUGCAAGUUCUGGUUUCAAACUACAGGAAACGAAAUGGCGAACUCAGGAAAGAAAGACCAGCAUGUCAAUCGAAUCUUUUUCACGCCUGGGAAACAUUUUUGCAAGAAAUAGAAACGGAUUCUCAAGCCACAAUUGAGGUCGCCAGUUCACUUUCCAGACAAGUGGCCCGGCCGUUACUAGAACGUUCGUUCUACAGGAAGGUUCAAAGCAGAAAAGUGUUCACUCACAGGGAAUCAUUCGAUACAAUCAUUGCGAAGACUGAAGAGAAAUUAUCAAAGUGCCGAAUUGAAUAUAAGCAGUGCUUUAUUUCGCAUCGUCAAAACCCGACACAGACAACACUGACGCAAUAUAUCGAUUCCCACAAUGCAUACGUACAGCAGUUGCAUGCAACCAACGCCAUGCUGGAGGCCUACCAUUGCGAUACCCUUCCCCAGUUGAUGCAAGAACUCGAGGAAAUCUACAAUGACUUGUGCAAUAUAGUAGCAGAAGCAGUGCUGCAAGGCGCAGAGGCAAUAUCUGCAAAAGCACUAGAACAAGCGAAACGGUACGACAGUUUAGCGAUUCAAUGCAAAAAUGUUUCACCAGCGCAGGAUCUAAGCUACUUCGUUCGUAGUAUACCAGUUUCCGCCAGUGCCCAGAGAGUACCGAAGAAAGUAUUUGCACCACCCCAAGCAGCUGCUCAAACGGAAGAGGAAGAAUUAGCAGACUAUGGUGAACAACCAGGAUUCAAAAAUGGGUUGGUGGUUGAGAAAGGAGCGUCGAUUCAGGUGCGACCGUCACUAGAGGCACUUAAACGAGAGUCACAGGAUUUAGAAAUACAGAUCAAACAGCUACAGGAUUCUGUAGACACUUUAGUUCGAACGCAAAUCCGAGGCAUAGAAGGUCAGCUGUAUAACAAAGCAAAUGAACUGCAGGAAGAUAUCUCAAUGAAGAAGUUUGACCUGCGGGCCAAACAAAUCCAUCUUGCCGCAGUCAGAGCCCAGAAAGAGUUAUUUUUGGGUAGAAUAGAUCCUGGUUCACCUCUCGGUGAACGUAAAAUGUCUUCUUCUAGUUCUUCCUCAAUGAAGACUAAGUGGUUAAAAGCAUUCAGAAGUCUGAAACCAGCCGGUUCAGCGAACGAUAGUACUCCUAAAACAAACCAAAUGUACCACGCAGUGUCAACGAUGUUGACUUUGAGGAAGAGCGGAAAUGGUGCCCAGAUACGGUUUGAUGGAUCGGAUAACCAUAAUCUGUUGGAGUAUACGUACAAGAAAAUAACACCAUGUGAUGUUUGUUCACAGGUUUUGAGAGGUCACACGCGGCAGGGGCUGCGCUGUAGGAUAUGCAAGGUGAAUGUGCACACCGACUGUGCAUCACAGCUGCCGAAAUGCCAGGUCAAGCAGAAGCUGCUUCGCCGCCAGAAGAGUACUUCCGAAAUCGAGAACCGUGCCGAAGCGGAGGAGGAGAAACCAACCGAUGUCGAUCAGAUCUAUCAGGUACUGAAAAAAGCUAGCGAAAUUUCUAGUGGCAAAAUUGUCGAACCGAAAGCCCAAGCCAACAUUACUAGCGAUGUCAAUGUGACGACUGGCAGUAGCAAUCCGCAGCUGGAAAUACCUGUAGUCAAUGUGCCUGAUUAUCCGGAUCGUACGCCUAGGAGGGGACCAGUUAAAUCUCAGGGGUCAAAUUAUCAACCACACAAGCAGGGACUGUCGGCACCGACAGCAACCGAUAUGUCCAGCUCAGUACCACACUCACCUCGUCGUCAAAAGCUGAACCUUAGAAUGAAAUCACUAAGCUUGGACUCACCAGAAUCAUCCGAACUGCAUGGACAAAUACGCCGGCGAUAUCCGGGGCCACCCACGCAUGGUGGACAUGGAGGUUCUGGUGGUCAAUUAGAACACAAUACACCACCAUCAAACAAUAGUAGAUUGCAUUCACCUUCAAGCCCGUCGGGGAAUCAGCGAAAGUUUCUGUACGCCAGUCGGGGAAUGAAAACCGGUUCGGUUGACUUGCCAGACGAAAUAGAAAGAAGUCAGUCGUCGGCCAGUACCUCGCCAUGUCCAUCACCGGUAAGGCAGUCACAGAAGGUACAACGAUUGCUGCCAACCAAUAUUCACGUGGUGUUAUUCAACUUUAAAGCCCGGCAUCAGGAUGAGCUUGAUUUGAUCGCAGGAUACAAGGUAACUGUCAUUGAUUCAUCCGAUACCAAUUGGUGGAAAGGCAAAUGUUUGGGUAAAGUUGGAUACUUCCCUUCCAAAUACUGCACUAAACUAGGACCGUCUGAAAAAGUGCUCCAAGUGACCCAUCCAUUACACAUCACGGAUAACGAACGAUGUGAGGUGAAACUGCAGAGAGAUCAAAUCGUUGUACAGAUCGCAGAAGAGGUUGGCGGUAUGAUCAUGGUUCGAUUUCCUGACAAUCACCAGGGUAUGAUACCAUCAAAAUAUCUCCAGGAAGUCUGACUAUCGAACGAAGAAGGCUUGGAUCGAGAUCGGGAUAAACGGUACAG